AUGAACUCGAUGUUAUUGCUAAGGGAUACAGAUGAUACAGAUGAUACAGAUGAUACAGAUGAUACAAAUGAUGCAGAUGAUGCAGAUAAUGCAGAUAAUGCAGAUAAUGCAGAUGAUACAGAUGAUACACAUGAUACAGAUGAAGCAGAUGAUUCAAAUUCUACAAAUGAUAAAGAUGAUUCAGGUGAUACAGAUGAUACAGAUGAUACAUAUGAUACAAAUUAUACUGGUGAUUCAGGUGAUACAGAUGAUGGUUUUGGUUUCGUCACAUUUCAAAGCGAAGACGUUGUAGAUAAAGUCUGUGAAAUCCAUUUCCACGAAAUUAACAAUAAAAUGGUCGAAUGCAAGAAAGCCCAGCCGAAAGAAGUAAUGCUGCCAGCGAACUUAGCCAAGACGCGCGCCGCCGGUCGCGGAGCGUACGGUGAGUUCCUAAUGCUGAAUCCCGUAGGGCCUGUGACCGCGGGCGGCCCCAGCUCGACGGCCGCCCUGCGAUACGCGCCCUACCCGCUGCCCCUGCACGCCGCUAGUCACGGCUCGCUGCCGCUGGCGACCAUUGCGGUCGGGCCGGCGCCCACGCCCCUUCACUACUCGCUCUACGACGUGACGGGCUGCAAGCGGUUCGUCGCGCCGGCGGUCACGUUGAGGUCGCCGGCGGGCAUGAUGAGACCGCCGGCGAUCCACGGGCAGAGGGCGGCUUAUUCGGUGGGAGAUUUGCUGGCGCUGCAGGGGUUCGAGGUGCCCACGGUGUUUGCGGCCGGGUUGGGGCUGUAG